AUGAAAACCAAUCAUGUAACCAGAACGACCACAUGGGAUGACCCGCGCAAAACCCUAGCCGCCCAAGCUGCUGCCCAACAUCAGAGUGCCGACACAUUGCUUAGCGCACCAGCCCAGGCUCAACAAGCACAAACUGCAGUGAGCAAAGCCACUUCACCCACAAAUGAUGCACUUGGACCGUUGCCGGAAGGAUGGGAACAAGCAGCGACUGCCGAAGGAGAAAUAUAUUUUAUAAAUCAUCAGGCUAGAACUACUUCCUGGUUUGAUCCGAGAAUACCAACGCACCUUCAACGUUCUCCCGGUACUUGCGUUCCCGGUCAUACUGCCGCCAUGCAGCAAUCCUGGCUCGCUGGCAAUGGAGGCGGAACUGCCGCCAAUGCUGUCAGCGGGACGGGCCCUGUCGGCGCUACUGUAGGAGGACAAUCCUCGGUGGUUCAUCAGGCUUCACAACAAAAACUACGUUUGCAACAAUUACAACAGGAAAGGGAAAGACUUAAACAGCGUCAACACGAAAUCAGAAUGCAGGAAUUAAUGAGACAACAGACAAGCACGGAAUUACAGAUGGACCCAUUCUUGUCCGGCGUAACGGAUCAUUCCAGGCAAGAAUCAGCGGAUAGCGGUUUGGGUCUUGGAAAUCCAUACUCUAUGCCUCACACACCGGAAGAUUUUUUGGCCAACAUUGACGAUAAUAUGGACUGCGCAAGUGAAAGUGGAGCUGCUAUGGAUGCCACGGAUAUAUCAGCACUUAGUGAUAAUAUAGACUCGACAGAAGAUCUUGUGCCAUCACUUCAGUUGGGGGAGGACUUUUCUAGUGACAUAUUGGAAGACGUACAGUCUUUAAUAAAUCCUGUAGCUAAGCCAGACAAUGAACUGACAUGGUUGUAAGUUGUAAAUUUAAAAAAUAAACUGACAAUAUCGCCGGCAUCGAGAUUUAAAGUUUCGAUCUGUUGCCUUAUGAACAUAUGCUCAAUGACAUGUAACAUGAAACAAUAAUUUCUAUGAGCGAUUUUGAUUAUUUAAUCAUUUUAAUACUUAGCAUAAGUGAAAGUAAUUUAAGGAGAGAUGCCUUAUAUAUUGUCUUUAGUUUUGAUAGAUAUUUUUUAACGCUAUAGCUAUAUAAGUAAAUAAGUUUUCAUUAUGAAGGAUUGAGGUUGCUUCCAACCGGGAUAUUAAGAAGUAAUCUCUGGGUUUGAAUUUAUCGCAUUUAGCUUAGUAUAUAAAGCAUUGAUAAUGGUGCCGCCAGAGAUAAACCGUAUAUAUUGUUGGAACUGAUGAAAUGUCGCGAUUGGAAGCAGCUCUUAAAGUCAUUGUUUAUAACUCGAUUCUAUUUAGAUAUAUUUGAUGAAACAUUGCGACAAAUGCGCAAUAUAUAUGUUGGUCAGAAUGGUGCUAAUAUUUAAACAGAUUAUAAUAUUAAGAGAUGGAUUGCCGUUUCAAGGGCGAAUGCGCGCCCGAGGGCGCGUGCAAACACUUUAAUGCAAUCUACUUUAAAUUAUAAACUUAAACUAUAUUAUAUAUA